ACGGUAUUGGUGUGUCGCUCGCUGGUGCCUCAGACAGCUCGCUUGAGAGUUUGGACAUAGAUCGAUGAAAUGAAGUUAUUUUGCUGUCUUUUAAUAUAAGAUUGUGAAUUGUUUUAAAGCGGAAUUGACAGUUAAUUCACAUUUAUUAAUGGCAAAGCGGAUAUUGUCUUUAUAAACGUUACAAUGGAAUAUAUUUAUGAAAGUUACCAAAGGACACCGAUUCAUAUUUGGAGGCAGGACGUGCGAUGAUGUUUAAGACUUGAAGUUACUAUAUUAUGUACACUAAAGUACAACAUGUGUUGCGCUGUCACGAGGAGCUCACAGACAGUAAACACCUGAAUUAUACCAUAUAUUUGAAAUAUUACGCGUUUUAAAAUGAUCUCGGAGGAGAGAAGCGAUUUCAUCUCUAAACAAGCUCUCGGCUUUCCUGUUGGAUUAUUGAUCCGCUCACCCAAGAAGCGCCUGGCAAAGCUGGGCAGAAAGACCAGCAAUGGAUCUCUACAAUCUAACACGUCUGAUAGCACAGCUCAAUCAAUGGAGAGCACUGGAGUUAGGCAGCCGGCCAAAAGCAAGAUACGCCGACACAACAACAGACUGACCACAGUGUUUAAUCGAAGUCCUAUCCUGAGAGACAUCAGGCAUGGUCAGGAUGGCAGAACCCUCGCCCUGGACUUCCAAGCAGCAGACGACCCUGCAGAGCUCUCCAGUCAGAGGUCUAUUCCAGGGAUCCUCAAGAUAUUUGGUAGCAACAUUUGUCAAGGAGCCAACUACAAGAGUGUGUUGGCCACCAGUUGCUCCAGUGCAAAGGAGCUGGUAAAAGAGGCUCUGGAGAGGUACUGUUUGGAGAAAGAAGACCCCAGUGCAUAUGUGCUCUGUGAUGUGAUCGGCCAAACUGGAUUGGACAAUGAAUGGAAGACCGAGUGCUUUCGUGUGGUCGGUGACCAUGAGAAGCCCCUUGUGUUGCAGUCACUAUGGAAACCCAAGGAGGGAUUUUCCAGGCGUUUCGAGAUCCAGAAAAGAGCAAGUGUGGAGGUGCAAAGCGCCAAAGAUGCUGACACCGUCACUGCAGGCCUCAAUGCCCAGAUGAGAAAGAUGCAGAACGCCCGUUCACGGGUCACUUCACUGUUUGUGGAUGGGACAUGUGAUGGGGUGGAUGCUGUGGGCAUGUGGAGGAGCUUGAGUGACAUGAAUGUGUCAGCUAUGGGAAAAGAAGCCAAUGAGACCCAAAAUGCAUCUGUACAGGAGGAUACAGAAGCAGAGGCUGAUAAAGAUGCUCAUCAUCUCAAUGCAGAGAAAGAAGAGACUGAGAGCAGCGAUGACAUCAACACACAAUACUCCAUCCGCUUGCCCUUUGAUUUCCCAUACUUUCUUCUGCUGCAGGGAUACAACCACAGACAGGACUUUCUUAUCUAUCUGAUGAGCGGGAACAGAUGUGUAUUUGGCUGCUCCAGUGAAUCCAUUUCUGGUAAGGACGAGGAGACCUUAAAGGUGGACGUCCUACUCUUUGCCCCCGAUAUUUUGCCCCAACAUUGUUGCGUACAGCGUCUAGACGCCACCAGUGACCAACCCAGUGACGUUAGCAAGAUGUUAACCAAGCUCAGACCCUUUCACGGCGCUCCCAUUACACACAACGGAGUCCCGCUUUAUGACGAGGUGGAGUUGUGUCCAGGAGACCUGGUGGGGCUCGGUCAAUAUUAUCUCUUCAUGUUUAAAGAUCCUACUGACAAAGGAGCUUUCCAGACCCCAUCCUGGAUGGCCACCCUGUGUCCCCCUGCCACAAUGGUCCCUUGUAAACUAUGCAGAUCCUCCAUUAGGAGGACAAAGCCCCUUAAAGCGGCAGCCCGCUGGAGGGACCUGGACGGUAAGGUGGUGUCGCUGUCCUACCAGCUGCAGUAUGAAGAUCAGGUCUUGGAGAAGAUUUUCAGCAUGGUGGAUCCAGUGGGAGAAGAACCCAAAGUUACUUCAGCAUUUCUGCUUUGCCUGUGCAUUCAGCAGUCGGCCACUAACUUUGAGUUGGUUCACCUGCGGAAAUUACUGCUAGGUAUCGCCAAUCAGGUCCAGCUCACCACGUGGGAAAGAACAAAGGAACUUGCAGCUCUGCAGCCAGACAUAAGCUCCAGUAAUGUUGAGGAGGAGUCAGUGAUGAUGCAUGUGUUGAACAUGAAGGAUCUGAUGUCAGGCCUGCAGCCGCUGAUACUGUGGAUGUCCAACUCCAUUGAGCUGCUGCACUUCAUCCAGCAUGAGGUUCCUCUGCUCUUAACAUGGAGACAGCAGGACACACAGGAACAGGACAAAGAAUGGUUGGAUUCAGAGAUCCAGUCCACACGUACUGCCAGUGAGGAGGCCAUGACAGUGCUGGAGGAGGUCAUCAUGUUCAGCUUCCAGCAGUGUGUCUAUUAUCUCACCAAAAGUAUGUAUACUGUGUUACCGGGGCUGUUGGACAGUAAUCCUUUCUCUGAGAGUGGUCAGCUGUGCAUGCCUGCAGCAGUCAGCCAGAUCCUAGACAUGCUGAAGCAGGCACUACAACUACUCAACAUUUUCCAGGUGCACAGUGACAUCACAUCUCAACUGCUGGCGUACCUGUUCUUCUUCACGAACGCAUCACUCUUCAACGCGCUCAUGGAGAAAGGGUCUGGAGGUGGGUUCUACCAGUGGUCUAGAGGAGUCCAGAUUCGUGCCAACCUGGAUUUACUCAUGGAUUGGAUUCAGAGCAUUGGUUUGGGCGAUCUGGCUGCGGAUUUUUUCCAGAAACUCUCCUCAGCCGCCAACCUCCUCGCUACUCCCAAAGAAACCCUACUGCAGGCUUCUUGGUCAUCUCUGAGAGCCGAGUUUGUUCAUCUUAACCCCGCGCAACUGCAUCACAUGUUAAGAGAAUACAACGCGGGCCGUUCAUGUCCUGCCAGCUGGAAGCCGUCUACAGAAGACGCCAAGGCAUCCCUCCAAACCUCUCACAUCCUGGAGAGUUUCGACAGCCAUCCUCCUCUCAUCCUGCCUAACAGCAAGUUUAAUUUGGAGCUAGGCAGUCCCAUCACAGAGCCAGGACUGUUCAUGCCACUCCAGCGGCUGCAGGAGUUCAUUCACUCCAUCACAGACAGACAAUCACUGUCUGAUGCUCAGCACUCACAGGACUCAUGCAGUGACUUGACUGAAGAGACACAGUCCAUAUCCACUCCUACAGACUCACCACCCAACUGUCACACCGCUCAUGAAGCAUCUGAACCAAUCAGCACCCGGGAUUUAGAGCCAAACAAGCCGCAACACCCCCCACACUUUCGGGGGUCUCAAAGCAAGCUGAGCUCGUGUGAGGCCGUCCUGACCCAGAAACUCAAGUGCCUGGAGCUGCAAAACAGCCUGCCUGGGGACACUGACCUGGGUUACCACAAGAGCCUGGCCCUUGACCCUUCCUGCCUGCUCACACCCCCCAACACCCCGCAGAAUCUCGAGCAAGCCGAGCUUGAAGUCAGCCUGCAGGAAGGGGAGACCACAAACCAACACAGGAAAGUAGGGAAUGGCCUCAGCGGAAGCUCAGGCCACCGAAAGGAUGAAGAUGAGGAUGAGGUGUUCACUGUAGAGCUGAAGAGAGGACCUCAUGGUCUUGGCCUGGCGCUUGUGGAUGGAAUGAAAACUCCACUGCGGUUGAGUGGGAUCUAUGUUAGGUCUGUAGUGCCGGAUUCUCCAGCGGCGCUCAACCAGAGACUGCGAGUGGGCGACCGCAUCCUCGCUGUGAAUGGAAUCAGUCUGGUUGGCAUGGACUACCACAGUGGAAGAGAGCUCAUCCGGACGUCAGGUGAUUCACUUCAAUUACUGGUGGCGAAAACGGAACCGAGAAGCAGUGGCAGGAGCUGUAUCACCAGAUGCUAAAAAAGAAAAGAAAAAACAUUUGGCCGGACAGCAACUUAGAGGUCAGGACAGUAGCAAUGGGCAGAUCGAUGCAGUCAAAUCUUCUGUUGAAACCAAAGGAAAAGUGAUCCAGAAUGGAUUAAAAACAUUGAUAUUUCUGUUGCUGCUGUUGGCAGUCUCUCCAUCUCUAGCUUUAGAUGAAAGUCUCAAAUGACCAUUCAUUAUUUGUAUUAGUGUAAAAACAAAAAACUUUCACAGUGUCAUUUUCACAAACCAAACUUUCUUGGUUUACCUGACAUUUUAUAUUUUUACCAGUGUUUUAUUCUCGUUUAGUAUCCGUCAUUUAUAUGUGUUUCUGGUUUAGUAUGAAAUCGCUGUGGUCCAGACGGGGCUAUUCCAUUUAUGUGUUUAAGCCCCAUUUGCUGUUCUUAACAUCCAAACACUACUGUAAAAAUAGUCCAAUUAUUUAGUCAUUUCUGGUCAUUAUAAUAUUUUCAGUAUUUCACCAAAGUAUCACUAUUAAAUUGUAUUGUCGUUGAUGUUAUGAAAGAACCCAUGUACCGUUUUUAUAUUGAUGUCAUAUUGAUAUUACUUGUGAGAUUCCUCAUGUCAAACAUACAAUAUGACCCUCAACAUCAGUGCCAGAGAAACAGUGUUAUAUUGUCAUCAAUGUCACUAUAUACAAUAUAUAGUGUUAUAUUGUCAUCAAUGUUUAAAUUAUAAAACAAAAAGCAUUUGUUUUAUAAUAUUUAUAUUGGUAAGUGUACAAGUGUAAUAAAUCUUAUUAAUAA